CCCUCACUACUCGCCGUUUCAAAAUGCUGCUGAGGCCUUAGGGCCUGAGACUGACGCCCCCUCCCCCCCGGGCUCGGCGGGGGAGCGACUCAUGGAGCGGCCGUAAGGAUUUAUCAACAGACUGCAAUUCUUCACUGCCAAAAUGACAUCAUUUUCCACCUCUGCCCAGUGUUCAACUUCUGACAGUGCUUGCAGGAUCUCUGCAGAACAAACCAAUCAGGUACGACCAAAACUGCCACUUUUGAAGAUUUUGCAGGCAGCAGGUGCACAAGGUGAAAUGUUCACUGUUAAAGAGGUCAUGCACUAUCUAGGCCAGUACAUAAUGGUGAAGCAGCUUUAUGACCAGCAGGAGCAGCAUAUGGUGUAUUGUGGUGGAGAUCUUCUGGGAGAACUGCUAGGACGCCAGAGCUUCUCCGUGAAAGAUCCAAGCCCCCUCUAUGAUAUGCUAAGAAAGAAUCUUGUCACUUUAGCCACUGCCACUACAGAUGCUGCUCAGACUCUCGCUCUCGCACAGGAUCACAGUAUGGAUAUUCCAAGUCAAGACCAACUGAAGCAAAGUUCAGAAGAAGGUUCCAGUUCUAGGAAAAGAAUGGAAGAAGGCAAUAUACCUACACUGCCUACCUCACAACAUAAAUGCAGAAAUUCUAGAGAAGGUGAAGACUUCAUAAAAAACUUAACCCAAGGUGAGACCUCUAAGCUGGACCUUGGGUUUGAGGAGUGGGAUAUAGCCGGAUUGCCUUGGUGGUUUUUAGGAAACCUGAGGAACAACUAUACACCUAGAAGUAAUGGCUCAACUGAUUUACAGACAAAUCAGGAUAUAGGUACUGCCAUUGUUUCAGACACCACAGAUGAUUUGUGGUUUUUGAAUGAGUCUGUAUCAGAGCAAUUUGGCGUGGGAAUCAAAGUUGAAGCCGCAGAUACUGAACAAACAAGUGAAGAAGUAGGGAAAGUAAGAGACAAAAAGGUGAUUGAAGUGGGAAAAAAUGAUGACCUUGAGGACUCCAAGUCCAUAAGUGACGACACUGAUGUAGAAGUUACCUCUGAGGAUGAGUGGCAGUGUACUGAGUGCAAGAAAUUUAACUCUCCAAGCAAGAGGUACUGUUUCCGUUGCUGGGCCUUGAGGAAGGAUUGGUAUUCAGAUUGUUCUAAGUUAACCCAUUCUCUCUCCACGUCUGAUAUCACUGCCAUACCUGAAAAGAAGGAAAAUGAAGGAAUUGAUGUCCCUGAUUGCCGAAGAACCAUAUCAGCUCCAGUUGUUAGACCUAAAGAUGUGUAUACAAAGGAAGAAAACCCUAAACUUUUUGAUCCCUGCAACUCAGUAGAAUUCUUGGAUUUGGCCCACAGUUCGGAAAGCCAAGAAACCAUAUCAAGCACGGGAGAACAAUCAGAUAACCUUUUUGAACAGAGAACAGAUACAGAAAACAUGGAAGAUUGCCAGAAUCUCUUGAAGCCGUGUAGUCUGUGUGAGAAAAGACCACGAGAUGGAAACAUUAUUCAUGGGAGGACGGGCCAUCUUGUCACUUGUUUUCACUGUGCCAGAAGAUUAAAGAAGGCUGGGGCUUCGUGCCCUAUUUGCAAGAAAGAGAUUCAGUUGGUUAUUAAGGUUUUUAUAGCAUAGCUAACUCAGUGAAUUGCAGAAAAUAUUAACAGGGCUAGGUCAUGUUUCAAAAUGUCAGUAUUGAGCAUCUCUACUCAGUGUAGCCCAUUACAUCUGUUUAUUUAUUUGGGUAAACAUCUGUGUUCCCCAACAUUUUUGCUUCUAAACUUAUAUGGAAUUUGAGAAUGAGUUCUUUAGUACUAGGUUGCCAAUUUGGGGGACGCUGUUAACAUGAAAAGAUACGUUAACCACUUCAUUCUCUCCUCAAAGAUGAGGAUCUGGGAGAAAGCAACUGCCAGUACUAACAAAAAUACAUUAAUUCGCUCACUUACCAAAUUAUUUGAAGAUUUACUAUUUCUUUAGUUAAUUGUAUUCCCCAUUCUUUUUUUCUGUUAGGGAAUGUUAUUAGGCAUUAGGAUCCAAGGUGGCUAUUAGAAAAAUACUAAAGCUAACAAAAGAGAUAAUAAUAAAUUUGAUUAGUCAAGGUAUGUAAUGCUAUAUAGAUUGUUGCAGUCAGGCUGCACGAUUCAGAUGAGCUAAAAGAAAAGUCUUGAUAAAGAAGCGCUUUCUUCCAUGUGUGCCUAGAACAAUGGUAUGGAGCAUUUUUGCUAACAUACUCCUAAAAGGGUUUUGAAAAAGUAUAUGUAACCUUUUGCACAUUUUACACCAUGAGGUAUAUAAUUAACAGACAAAGUUUCCUUUCUGGUGAGUUGUAGACCUCUGAGUAGCCAGCCUAAAACAAGCAAUGGAACAUUUCUGUCUCCUUAGAAUGUUUCCCUUGUUCCUCUUUCCAAGCAGUUCCCCCUCCAUUUCGUGGCUCUCAUUCUAGGUUAGCUGUCCUUUUGCACAUGUUUAGUGUGACAUCUAAAUUUUAAAAAUACCUUUAAAUACUUAGAAAGGGUACCCUAUCCAAUAUAUUGUAUAUGUGCCUUAAAAAUAUUUUUCUCAAAGCCUUGGAGCUGUAGGUUUCGUUGAUUAAAGUUAUAGAAAAAAUCCUGUC